AUCUUUCUAGCUUUUCAUCCUUUUUUUUUUUUGUCCCUUUCCUUGGUUUUUCCUCCCUUUCAAUUUUAGUUCCCCAUCAAAUACCAAAACCAUCUUGAAGCCCAGAUAUCAAAACCCAACAAACAAAAAAUCCUAGAAAAAAAAAGAGGAUAAAUCAUGAGUUAUUACAAUCAGCAACCCCCUGUUGGUGUUCCCCCUGCCCAAGGUUAUCCACCGGAAGGAUAUGCCAAGGACGCAUACCCUCCGGCGGGAUACCCUCCACAAGGAUACCCACAGGGGUACCCUCCUCAGGGAUACCCUCCCCAAUACGCUCCCCAGUAUGCUGCUCCUCCUCCUCAACAGCAAUCUAGCAGUAGCACCGGUUUCAUGGAAGGCUGUUUGGCUGCUCUGUGCUGUUGCUGCCUGCUGGAUGCUUGCUUCUGAUGGGAGAAGAUUUGGGUCGGAGCAAAUUUGGGAAGGGGGAUAAGAAACUUGGGGGGGGAAAAAAUUUUUCUUUGGGCAUAUAUUGUCAAUGGAUUUGAUUGGACAUAUGGAUGAUUAAUUUAGCUAUGCUCUAUUUUCAGUUGUGUGUUUUGUCCUUUUUUAUUUUGUGCCAGCAGCUUUACUUCAAAUUCAAGGUGGUUGUGAUUUGACCUGGUAUAUGCUUCUGAAUUUCUUCGUAGUUUAUUGCAAGUGGUUCAUCA